AUGCAGCCCGCUGUCUUAUUGUUACUUGAACAUACAAUUUGUUUCGUCUUUUCAUUCUUCAUAGAGCAGGUCUCAGUACGACUAAUGUCAUUUAUACAUAGAACACUGGUUGUUCAAAAGGUGAAUUCUACAGAACAAUCUCAUGUUACCUCUGGAAGGGACAUUCAUUCAAUCAUUCCUUUCUACUAUAUCUUGAUCGCGUUGAUCGCCUUUCUUGCCCAGUUUCAAGAUCAUCCUCUUGCCUUUCUAUUCUAUAACCGCACCAAGUCUACAACUAGGACCGCAAUUCUAUCAUCCAGUAUGUGCCGAGGUGAGAACGUCCAGUGCAAGGAGUGCUCGCGAAUGAGCACUCGCAUCGUCCAACUCUGCAUCCGCGGCGAGUUGAUGGUGAAUUGCCCUGAAAUCAUCAUCGAGGGUGUCAACCCGGAAAAGGAAGAAUGCCGUCUGUGCAGAUACGGUAGCGCCAAAGGUACUGUCACCAUGCCGUUGUCAAUGCUUGCAAAUACUGACAACUAUGACAGAGAAGUUUGGAGGGCUUCCAAGGAGCAACCCAUGCCCAAGCCAAUUCGUCGACUCUAA